ACCCAAAUAUAGCAACAAUAACCAAAAGAAAGAGAGAGAAAGAAAAGAGUUGUACUAAAGUGGUGGUGGUGAAUUAGUAAGAAAUGGCAGGGGUGAAGAUUGCAUGCUUGGCGGUGUUGUGCAUGGUGGUGGUGGUAGCACCGUAUGCGGAAGCGGUUACGUGCGGUCAGGUGCAGGGGAACCUGGCACAGUGCCUGGGGUACCUGAGGAAGGGAGGGGCGGUGCCAGGACCGUGCUGCAAUGGGGUUAGGGCCAUGAACUCGGCUGCUAAGACCCCUGCCGACCGCAAGCAAACUUGCGUAUGCUUGCAACAGGCUUCUAAAAGCAUUACUGGUAUUAAUCCCGAAGCCGCUGCUUCCCUCCCUGGCAAAUGCGGUGUUAACGUUCCUUACAAGAUCAGCCCCUCCACCGACUGCUCCAAGGUGCAUUGAGAUUGAUGGACCAUUGAUUUUCAGCUAGCACAGAUUUACCGCUGUUUUGAAUAAUAAUAAGAUGAAAGUGUGGAUUCCACCCAGAGUCCCCAUUUGUGUGUGUGUGUGUGUGAGAGAGAGAGAGAGAGAGAGAGUGUAUGUACUAUGUUGGUGGUGGUUGUUACUAUUGUAUUUGGUACUACUGUCAAGUCUUUCUAGUUGUAUUAUGUCAUCGAGUCGGUGGUGAUUGUACGUGAUAAAAUCAUCUUAUCUAAUCUAUAUAUCUAUCUAUUCUACUUUAGCUUUAUUA